AUGGGUACCAAGAACCGGUACUUUUUUGGACCGCCGGAUUAUCCUGAGCCCCUUCCACGUGAGGUGGCUCUUCACAAGCUUGCCUGUGAGGGAAAAUUCGCUCCUGAGAUCGUCCGGCUCUUGGACUGGCAACUGUUUCCAGACCACUACGUCAUGGUCUUAGAGUACCCUUCUCCCUGCAUGGAUUUGCUUGAUUUUACUUCGAGCAAAGGGGGAAAACUCAAAGAGGACUUAGCCAAAGACAUCAUGUGGCAGGCAACCAUGGCUGCUUACAUGUGCUGCCAACGGGGAGUUUUCCAUCAUAAUAUCAAAAUGGAGAACCUCCUCAUAACAAAUGACACCCUAUUUGUCAAACUCAUCAACUUUGGGUGCAGCGAUUUACUUAAAACGUCAAUUUAUAAGACGUUUAUGGGCACAAGAGACUACGCCUGCCCGGAAUUUUUCAAAACGGGCGAGUACCAUGGCAAGCCGGCGACGGUGUACUCGCUCGGGGCGGUGUUGUUCGCCAUGCUGUGCGGGAAAUUUCCCAACUGUAAUGACCGGUACUCGAUCAACGAAAGGAUCUGGUACAAGGACGGCUUGUCUGAAGAAUGCUGCGAUUUGAUAGAAACCUGUCUACAGGAGGAUCCAGAGAAACGUAUUGAUCUGGAAGAGAUUCUUAACCACAAAUGGUUUCAGGACAAAUAUCCUGCCAACAGCCUUCAAACUCCCGUCCACUCUGAGAGCAUUAAUGUCAUUCAGGAUCCAGAAGAUUCUGGGUCUGACUUUAAUGUUGACGGAGAGGAUGAUCAGGAGCCAAAAGUGAGAAUUGAAGAAAUCAAUGGCCGCCAGUAUAAGAUCGGCAGAAAGCUGGGUCAAGGCGAUUUUGGAGUCGUCAAUGAAGGGACCCGUCUGGAGGAUGGCUUAAUGGUGGCAGUAAAAGUUGUUAAGAAGACCAAGCAAAUGAUCGAGGAUUACAUAUACAUUCCGGGUCAUCCAGAGCCCCUCCCACGUGAGGUUGGUAUUCACAUGCUUGCCUGUAGGGGAGGAAAAGUUCCUGUGAUCGUCCAGUUUCUGGACUGGCAGGAUCAUUCGAACCACUAUAUCAUGGUCCUGGAGCGCCCUUCUCUCUGCAUGGAUGUGUUGACUUUCUGGAGAAGCAAAGGUCGGAUCGUCACAGAGGACAUAGCCCAGUAUAUCUUGUGCCAAGCGACCGAAGCUGCUGAAAUCUGCUCCCGACGGGGGGUUGUCCAUAGGGACAUAAUACUGCAAAACCUCCUCAUAAACCCAAACACACUGCAGGUCAAAUUGAUUGACUUCGGGAUUGGCGAUCGUCUCAAAAAAACACCCUACACAGAGUUUUAUAUGGGCACCAUUACCUACAUCUGCCCCGAAUUUGAUGAAACGGGCGAGUACUACGCCAAGCCGGCGACGGUGUACUCGCUCGGGGUGGUGUUGUUUGCUUUGGUGUGUGGGGACUUUCCCAGAUUUCAUGACAAACUCCGGAUAAAUGAGAAGAUGUGGCACAGAGACGGCUUGACUAGAGAAUGCUGCGAUUUGAUUCAAUCCUGUCUACAGGAGGAUCCAAAGAAACGUAUUCGUCUGGAAAACAUCCGUUACCACAGAUGGUUUCAGAUGGGUUUUACCCUUUCUCAACCCUCACCUGCGGGAUCUAGUGAUCCGUCUCGGGCCAUAGAAGCCCGUGAUGAGGCUUCUGCCCAAAGCGGGAGCCCAGGUCUAAACCCGAGAGCCCAGUUCUUAUUCGUCACCCACCAACGAGGAUUUAAUGGAGGUGGUAACUAA